AGUCACACACCCCCUGCCUCCCCUCUCUUCCCUCUCCGCCUCCCCUUUCCCCCCCUCGCGAUAAGAAGACCCGGCGGCAGGAGAGGGGAUGAAGAUGGCGGACGCGAAGCAGAAGCGGAACGAGCAGCUGAAGCGCUGGAUCGGCUCCGAGACGGACCUCGAGCCUCCCGUGGUGAAGCGCCAGAAGACCAAGGUGAAGUUCGAUGAUGGCGCCGUCUUCCUGGCUGCUUGCUCCAGCGGCGACACGGACGAGGUCCUCAAGCUGCUGCACCGCGGCGCUGAUAUCAAUUACGCCAAUGUGGACGGACUCACUGCCCUGCACCAGGCUUGCAUUGAUGACAAUGUUGAUAUGGUGAAGUUUCUGGUAGAAAAUGGAGCAAAUAUUAAUCAACCUGAUAAUGAAGGCUGGAUACCACUACAUGCAGCUGCUUCUUGUGGAUAUCUUGAUAUUGCAGAGUUUUUGAUUGGUCAGGGAGCACAUGUAGGAGCUGUCAACAGUGAAGGAGACACACCUUUAGAUAUUGCUGAGGAGGAGGCAAUGGAAGAGCUACUUCAAAAUGAAGUUAAUCGGCAAGGGGUUGAUAUAGAAGCAGCUCGAAAAGAAGAAGAACGAAUAAUGCUUAGAGAUGCAAGACAAUGGCUAAAUAGUGGCCAUAUAAAUGAUGUCCGGCAUGCAAAAUCUGGAGGUACAGCACUUCAUGUUGCAGCCGCUAAAGGCUAUACAGAAGUUUUAAAACUUUUAAUACAGGCGGGCUAUGAUGUUAAUAUUAAAGAUUAUGAUGGCUGGACACCUCUUCAUGCUGCAGCUCAUUGGGGUAAAGAAGAAGCAUGUCGAAUUUUAGUGGACAGUCUGUGUGAUAUGGAGAUGGUCAACAAAGUGGGCCAGACAGCCUUUGAUGUAGCAGAUGAAGACAUUUUAGGAUAUUUAGAAGAGUUGCAAAAGAAACAAAAUCUGCUCCAUAGUGAAAAACGGGAGAAGAAGUCUCCACUGAUUGAAUCAACAGCCAAUAUGGACAAUAAUCAAUCACAGAAAACCUUUAAAAACAAAGAGACAUUGAUUAUUGAGCCUGAGAAAAAUGCAUCCCGUAUUGAAUCUCUGGAACAAGAAAAGGUUGAUGAUGAAGAAGAAGGAAAAAAAGAUGAAUCUAGUUGCUCUAGUGAAGAAGAUGAGGAAGAUGACUCAGAAUCAGAAGCUGAAACAGAUAAGACAAAAUCCAUGGCUUCUGUAACUAAUGCCAAUACUUCUAGUACUCAAGCAGCUCCUGUAGCUGUUACAACACCUACUGUGUCAUCUGGUCAGGCAACACCUACAUCACCUAUUAAAAAGUUUCCAACUUCAGCUACAAAAAUUUCUCCCAAAGAAGAAGAGAGAAAAGAUGAGUCUCCUGCAUCUUGGAGGUUAGGACUUAGAAAGACUGGUAGUUAUGGCGCACUUGCAGAAAUCACAGCAUCUAAAGAGGCUCAGAAAGAAAAAGACACUGCAGGUGUUAUGCGUUCAGCUUCAAGUCCCAGACUUUCCUCCUCUUUGGAUAAUAAAGAAAAGGAGAAAGAUAGUAAAGGAACUAGGCUUGCAUAUGUUGCACCUACAAUACCAAGACGACUAGCCAGUACAUCUGACAUUGAAGAGAAAGAAAACAGAGAUUCUUCAAGUUUGCGAACAAGUAGUUCAUAUACAAGAAGAAAAUGGGAAGAUGAUCUCAAAAAGAAUAGCUCAAUUAAUGAAGGAUCAGCUUAUCAUAAAAGUACCUCAAAUCGUUUGUGGGCUGAGGAUAGUACUGAAAAAGAAAAGGACAGUGUUCCUACGGCAGUGACCAUUCCUGUUGCUCCAACUGUUGUAAAUGCUGCAGCCUCUACCACAACCCUGACUACAACUACUGCUGGCACUGUCUCCUCCACUUCAGAGGUCAGGGAGAGACGCAGAUCAUACCUCACUCCUGUUAGAGAUGAAGAGUCUGAAUCCCAAAGAAAAGCAAGAUCUAGACAAGCAAGACAGUCUAGAAGAUCAACACAGGGGGUGACAUUGACUGAUCUUCAGGAAGCUGAGAAAACGAUAGGAAGGAGUCGUUCUACCCGAACCAGAGAACAAGAAAAUGAAGAAAAAGAAAAAGAAGAAAAAGAAAAACAGGAUAAAGAGAAGCAAGAAGAAAAGAAGGAGUCAGAAACAUCUAGAGAAGAUGAAUAUAAACAAAAGUACUCCAGAACAUAUGAUGAGACUUAUCAACGCUACAGACCAGUAUCAACUUCAAGUUCAACCACUCCAUCCUCUUCACUUUCUACCAUGAGCAGUUCACUCUAUGCUUCAAGUCAACUAAACAGGCCAAAUAGUCUUGUAGGUAUAACUUCUGCUUACUCCAGAGGAUUAACAAAGGAAAAUGAAAGAGAGGGAGAAAAGAGAGAAGAAGAAAAAGAGGGAGAAGAUAAAUCACAACCUAAAUCAAUCAGAGAACGACGACGACCAAGAGAGAAAAGAAGAUCUACAGGAGUUUCAUUCUGGACACAAGAUAGUGAUGAAAAUGAACAAGAACAACAAUCUGAUACAGAAGAGGGAUCCAAUAAGAAAGAAACUCAGACGGAUUCCAUUUCUAGAUAUGAAAUCAGUUCUACAUCAGCUAGUGAUCGGUAUGAUUCCUUGCUGGGUCGCUCUGGAUCAUACAGUUACUCAGAAGAAAGAAAACCUUACAGUAGCAGGCUAGAAAAGGAUGAUUCAACUGACUUUAAAAAGCUUUAUGAACAAAUUCUAGCUGAAAAUGAAAAGCUGAAAGCACAACUACAUGAUACAAAUAUGGAACUGACAGAUCUUAAAUUACAAUUGGAAAAGGCCACCCAGAGACAAGAAAGAUUUGCUGAUAGGUCACUACUGGAAAUGGAAAAAAGGGAACGAAGAGCUCUAGAAAGAAGAAUAUCUGAAAUGGAAGAAGAGCUCAAAAUGUUACCAGACCUAAAAGCAGACAACCAGAGGCUAAAGGAUGAAAAUGGGGCCUUGAUCAGAGUUAUAAGCAAACUUUCCAAAUAAAAAAAGAAAAAGCAGCAAGUAAUUGGAAUUGCACAUAUUAGUAACCCAGUGGACCAUAAUUGACAGUCACUGGAAGCCUGGGAAGAAUCCUUGGAGACUGUCAUUUUUGGAUAUCCUGCCAAAUGCCCUCUUAUCUAGGAGUUUUGUUUUGUUUAAUUUUCUGGUGUUUUUCUUUUUUUUUUUUUUUUUUUUUCCUUGUAUCAAGACCAUUGUUUCAUGUUAAUGCAGCUGCUGAGAAGAUUUUUUUUUAUGACUGAGAAAACUUGUUUACAGCUCCAGCAUAUAAGGAAAGUGUUCAAGGCCAGAUAUGCCUCAGAUAUUUAACCAGUAAGCCUUAGUUGUACAUAAAUACUUUUGUGUCAACAAAAACUCAGCUCUCACAGAAGACAGUUAUUCAGCAUUUUUUGAUGUGCCACAGUUUCCAGUUUUUCGAUAUUUAAUUUUUAUUUUUUUUUUUGCUUUUCAUCUGAGUUUGGGUUUGUAUUUUUUCCUUCUAACUCUUCAUGUGGCAGACCCUUCUCCUGUCUCACAGCUUUCUCAUUUACAGAAAAGAACACUUGCUCUUCUGAGAUCAUUGUCAUAUAUUAGGCUAAUGCUGUGUUGUCCCCCACCUGGAACUGAAUUGCUUGGUGGAACAUUUGCUUUCACUGUUUGUGCAAUAUGCAUUUAUUCCUUAUAUGAAUGCUUUAAAGUCAGUUGAGAUUAGAUUCUUUUAAGUCCUGUUUUCUGCCUUCAUUGGUCACUUUUGUUUUGUUUGUUUUUUAUUAUUGUAGUAUAAGAUGUUAGAUUCUUUAAUCUUCACAUUCAUUUUAGCAGGUACUGAGUGAUGCUGUAUAUAUAAAUAAGUGUAUUGUUUUGAUUUUUAGACCACCACAUGGCAUGCUUGACUGUUUUCUUAUUUCAAAUGUCUGUUAAUGCAAAGUAGGCUACUCCAUAAUAGUGUUAAAAACAAAAUUUGCUAACAAUGUGAUAUAAAGACUUUUAAAAUAACACGUUUAUGUGGAGCCCUAUCUUUACAAAAGUUUUCUACUGUAAAAUGCUUUUACUUUUAUUUGCAGUUUUCAUUUGAUAGUAUUCAACCAUAAUUAAAGUUCCAUAAGGUAAUUACUUCACAUUUCACAUACCUGUAUUUAUCUGAGUGCUGUCUAUAACUGUUGUGCUAGCCAAAGUAAUGCUAUGAAAUCAUUUGCAGACUUAACGUGAGUUCGUGUUAAAUGCACUGUUAUUGCCAUGUGAAGAGGCAUUGACUUUGAUACCACCAUCAUGUUCAGACCAUUUUAUACAUUUCAGUGGCCUUUUUUUAAAAAAAAAGCAAAACCAAGUACAUAUGAAGAUGGCUUUUAUUUGGACAAAUAGCUUUUAUAUUUUCAUUAAACCAUGCAAAAAAUACUCUAUCUUUCUGGCACAUAACUGUCUCCUUAACCACUGAACAGUUCAGCCAUUUGAAUAAAUUGUACAUUGUAAAGCUUAUAGUAGCUAAUUGUAUUAUUGAUUGUAUUGUAUACUAUAUUAAAUGUGAAUUUGUACCCCCUUCAUUUUAAAAGGUCAUUGUGUUCUACUGCCUAUUUUAGAUUACUUUGGGGUUGGGAAAAGGUGUUUUGGUAAGCAGGAUUUUAAGUCCUCUCUUUCUUGAUUGGUUUUAUGAAGAUAUAAGGUUAUGCUCUUACUACCAAGCUCAGGAUUCUUGAUUUUUAAAGGUACAAGGAUAGUUGUGGGAAUUUUAUUUUUGGUUAUAUUUGAACUGUAUGAAUGGUUGGUCUGAAUAUAAAGAAUUUCCAUGGUCUUAUGUGGACGUAAAAUAUACAGAUAAUUGGUCAGUUUGAGUGACUGCAACAUGUUCUGGUUGCACAACAGUUAGGCAUGCUAAGGAUUAUAUUUGUGAAGUUUGGAUGCCUGUGAAGAAUGAUUAAAUACAUGUUUCUAAUAUUUUAGUGUUUUGUAUUUAGGUUAUUUAUUCUUUGUAUCUAAAACUGAACAGCUACUGUGCUAUAUUGAUUUUAUUGGUAGUAUUGAGCAGACCUUGUUUCUGCAUGAAACUAGUUGCAAAACCCACUAUUUUGGAAAUAAAAA